CUCUCUCUCUCUCUCUCUCUCCUCAGCCACCAUUGCGUUCUUGUCUUGGGUAAGAAACAGGUAAGAAUUCUCGAGAAAACUCUUUUCUUGCCACCCAAGAAAAUGAAGAUCCCUCAGGCAUCGUCCCUGACAACGACCCUUGAUCGAGAUGCAUUCCCUGCCAACAGCCCGAGCUCUGAAUCCGAUAAUCCGCAGGUCGAACCCUCCACCGAUCUUUGUUUGCUGGACAAAACAUGGACGAUCAGUCCGGCGGUUUCUUCCCCCGCAAGAAACCUAAAACCAUGGCCGGCGAGGAAUCGCGUGGUGGAAAAUGCACAAGAGGUGUGGACCGAGCUAACCCUCUUCCUGGAUCCUUGGAAGAUAAAGAAACAUCUCGUGAAGAGCGACGUCGGAAACCAGUGCCGUCUCCUUCUGCCGACUAAGACCGCAAUGGUUCACAUUCUGCCGUAUCUGCCGGCUCAUGAAUCGGCUUUGCUCGACCAGGGUCAAGGAAUCUACGUCAAAGUGUUCGACCUGGACACGGAGCUUACGCACCGUCUUGUCUUGAAGAGAUGGAUCACUCGAAGCUAUGUGUUCAUCGGCAAUUGGCACAAAGAGUUUGUGAACAGCAGAAAUCUGAGAGAAGGAGAUGAGAUUGGUCUCUUCUGGGAUCAGUAUACUUCAAGGCUGAUCUUUCGCGUUCUUUCUCGCGCCAAUGCUCUGCAGAAUCUGAAUUAGAAUCUAUUCCUCGUCCGGUUUA